UUCUAAUCUUUAUCUCCGACCACGCGAUUGCAAACGAACGAAACCUUGAGCGAGUCAAAAACCAGAGAUCAGGUGUUGUGUCGUUUGGAGACGUGACGUGACGUGACGUAACGCGUCAUGGCGUUCGGAGACGGAAACUCGACUCAUUUCGUUCCUCGAUUCAUCGACAUGUCGAGUGUUCUCAACUUGAGCAGCGGCGACGACAGCGUCACUGGCAUCCACAACGCCGAGGACAGCUGUAACGGAUCGGAAGCUGUGGCGUUGGAUGACGUUGUGCCGACAUCGGAGAGGGUGACGGAAGGUCUGGUCCUCCUUGUCAUCUGCAUCGUGGCCGUCAGCAGUAACCUGUUCCUGUGGGUCGUCGUCCUAAGGACCCCGGAGCUGCGCCUGCCUUCCAGUUACCUCAUCCUGUGCCUGUCGUUCGCCGACCUGCUGGUGUCGGCCGUUAACAUGCCUCUGACGGUCUUCACCAUCUUCCGCGGACAUUGGGUUUUCUCUCCGACCCGUCUGCGCAGCCACAGGCUUCUCUAACAUGCUGGCCUUUGUGGCCAGUGUGGCAUCACUCAACAGCAUCACCUUCAACAGGUACAUCCGGGUAUGUCGUCCGGCCCAAUACGAUGUGUUGUACUCGCCUGCUGGUCAAGUGUUACAUAUUGGCGGAGUGUGGCUGUUCUCAACUGUCCUGUCCUUGCCGCCUCUCUUUGGCUGGGGCGAGUAUGAGUACGUGCCCACCCAGUACUUCUGCUACUGCAAGUGGGGCAGCUCCCUUCCCUACGCCAUCUUCAUGAUCGUCGUCUGCUUUGGCGGCACCAGCACCAUGAUGACGUCAUGCUACCUGUCCAUCUACCGGACAUACACGCGCAGCAACCGCACCAUCUCGGCGUCCGGAAACCGCCUCCUAGCAGCGAGUCUGACCUCAUUUCCGGAAAGUGGGAGAUAUUUGCGAAACUACGUCAUGGGCUCCCGAAACAGCUUCUCGCCGGGGAUCUCCAGGAGAUCGGAGGGGCCACGCAGGCAGGGAUCCUCCAUUUCGCUGACAAAGUAUGCUGCCCAGUGGCGUCACAACUCGAGUUUUCUGCACAAGGCUCUGUGAAGCUGAUACGUUUUAGCGACCAGGACGUGGCGGCGCUGCCUGUUAACCAAACGUGCCCAAACCUGCCGUCCCUCUCAGCCAGCCGGAGCCCGCCACGUGAGCAUUACGUCCGCCGGUCACCCAGGCAAUGGUUCGAGAAGAACGGCAGCGAGUUCUGCGUGAACCUCACGGUAGGCUCGUCCGACAUGAAGGACCAAGGCCUGUCCAUGAUGUCUUCAUCAGACAGGAAGGGAAGGAGCGCCCUCUUUCGGCCCAUGACUCGCUCCUUCUGCUCUGCGUCCGACGUGUCGGCCAUUCGCCGAGCAGGCACGAGCACCUCGCUGGCUAGCCAAGCUGGAACCGGAAGCGUUCGCGGCGAUCGCCGGCGGCGAGAUGAGAUGCGUGUCACCGUCACCAUGCUUCUUGUCAUCUUCGUCUACGUCAUUUCCUGGCUGCCGUACUGCGUCACCAUUCUGUUGAACAUCCUUCUCCCGCAAGCCGUUGCCACGGCAGGUGGAUAUGGUUGUGAUCUUGCUGGGUUACGGAAAUAGUCUCUACAACCCUUUCAUCUAUGGCCUCCGUAACAGCAGCAUUAAGUCUGGAUACAUUAAGCUGCUGACAGAUAUUCGAGCUGUCUGCUGUUCAUGUCGGUGUUCAGAACGAGCAGCGCACAAAGUCGAGUUCUAUCUGUAAGUAAAACACCCACUUUUAUAUAAAGGAGAAUUUCUCAUCUGUCUUCGUAUCAUAACGACAAACAUAGACACACUCAGGUAUUGGGUUUAGUGGGCAAAAACUUGAGAGUGAACAUUAUUGUAAGACCUUAUCGCCCCAAGUUGUUGUUUCCUUACCUGUACUUGUCGUUGGAGGAAAUGGACGAACGCACAUGCUGAAGGCUCGAAG